AUGCCUGGCCAAUUAAACGGUGACGCGGGUCAUGAGCCACCCGUCGACCAUCAUAUAGAAGUGGUUGAAGACGAGACCCAUUCCGAGCGGGGAGACGGCCAUCCUAGUCCCGGUUUAAGAGACAGCAAAGGCUGGGACGGCAAGCUGCGUGUCGACCGCAACGCCCUAUUCAAGAAUCCUGAAGCUCUGUCGGAUCCCGAAUAUUCGGACGAUGAAAAUGUACUUCCAGGAGAAGAAAUAAGUGCAGAUGAGGACCUUCUUGACGAUGAAGAUCCCGAUACGGAUGAUAUUAGUCUUACACAUGCGCGAAUCUCUUCUAUCUCCGCUCUUCGGUUGGAAAGAUUUAAGAAGGUUGUAAGACUAUGUCUACGCCAAAACCUCGUCCAACACAUCGAGGGGCUUUCCGAUUUAGGCCCCACUCUAGAGGAACUUGACCUAUACGACAACCUCAUUUCACACAUCAGGGGUUUAGACGACUUAACUAACCUCACAACCCUCGAUCUCAGCUUCAACAAGAUCAAACAUAUCAAGCAUAUCGAGCACUUAACAGAACUCACUGAUCUCUUCUUCGUAUCCAACAAGAUUACUACCAUCGAUGGGUUGUCGACUUUAACAAAACUCCGACAACUCGAAUUGGGCUCGAAUAGGAUAAGGGAGAUCAAGAAUCUCGAUGCGCUGAAGAAUUUGGAGGAACUCUGGCUAGCAAAGAAUAAAAUUACCGAACUCAAAGGCCUAGCGGGUCUGCCAAAAUUAAGACUCUUGAGCAUCCAAUCGAAUAGAAUUAAAGACCUUUCUCCUCUGCGCGAAGUCCCUCAAUUGGAGGAGUUGUAUAUCUCACAUAAUGCCCUCGAAAGUCUAGAUGGUUUAGACGGAAGCCCUAAUCUAACCAUCAUCGACAUCUCGAAUAACGCAAUCCAGAGCCUAAAAGGCUUGAGCAGUCUGAAGAACAUCGAAGAAGUAUGGGCAAGCUAUAACCAAAUAUCAGACUUCGCAGACGUCGAGCGGGAGUUGGCCGACAAGAAGGAUUUAACAACGGUAUAUUUCGAAGGAAAUCCUUUGCAGCUGAAACAGCCUGCUCUGUACCGGAACAAAGUGCGACUGGCGCUACCGCAAGUUCAGCAGAUUGAUGCUACUUUUGUGAAGACGGUAUAG